AUGUUGAAAUUGCCAUCCAGCUCGCCGGAACGAAUCCCUCCCAGCCGUCUGAAGAAGUCCUACGCUCAGGCUCGCGACAUGGAUCCGAUUGAAGACGAUGAGCUAAUCUGCGACGCGCCUGGCGCGAACCAGUACAGACCGCCGGACGAUAAAGGACCCGAGGAGCUGGAGAUGGAGCACGGUAGCGCGCCAGACGUGGAUGUCGAGAUUCCCGACCAAGACAAGCAUGCUAGAGACUCCUUUGAUGACUACGAAACUCCGAUGGGGAACGAAGAAAAUGAUAAAACCCAGGGAAAGAUAGAGCUAGGCAGCGCGCCCGACGUCGACGAUGAGAUUCCCGACCAAGAUGAGCAUGGUAGUAGACACUCUUACGAGGACUACGAAAUUCCGAUGGCGAACGAAGAAAGACUAGAGUACGAAAUUCCGGUGGCGAGCGAAGAAGAGCUGGAGUACGAAAUCCCUAUGGCGAACGAAGAAGAGCUAGAGUACGAAAUCCCUAUGGCGAACGAAGAGGAGCUAGAGGACGAAAUUCCAAUAGCGAACCAAGAAGAAGCAUACGAGAUUCCCAUGGCGAAGGGAGAAGAGGAAGACUCGGAAGAUGAAAUGAUGGUCGAUCGAGACCAAGAGCAGGAUGAGCAAGAAGAUGAGGAGGAGGAAGAAGAAGAAGAGGAGGAGGAGGAGGAGGAGGAGGAGGAGGAGGAGGGAGAUAGAGAUGACGCAGACAUAGAGGAGAUACCCGAAGAUGAAGAAGAGAUUGAAAAUGAAGAGGACGAAGAAGAAGAAGAAGAAGAAGAAGACGAUGAUGAGUCGGUUGACAAUCGCACGGAUGCUGAACUGGCCGCGAUCGCACUCGAACUGCAGGACCUGGAACAGUCAGUUCCCUUGCUCAAGACCUCAUACCAUCUACUCGACAGACUGGGCGAAGGGACGUUCUCCUCGGUUUACAAGGCGAUAGACCUGCACCACCAUCUCUACGACAACUCGCUGUGGGCGCCGGAAGAGCCAGUCUCUGAGGCUCCACCAAUGACCUCUUCCGACGCCCGCUUCCAUCCCUCCACCUCAACUUCCUCCUGCUCUGGCUCAGUCAUCGGAGACCAUUCCUCGCGAUCUAACACCAGAUCUCUCAAAGAAAACGUCGAAAACUUUUACCCCCCUUAUCAUCCAUUCGCCUCCGAUGACCCCUUCGACGCCUCCGCUGGCGACCAGGCUCGGAAUAAAUUCACUGAAACCCUUCAGAGACACGCGCUCGAAUCCGGCAAGCUUCCAACAGCUUACAAGUCUACUAGUAAUCACAACAACUUCAAACCUAGAAAGAAAACUAAUGGGAACGUGUAUGUGGCCCUCAAAAGAAUUUACGUGACAUCCAGUCCGUACCGUAUCAGGAACGAGCUCAAACUACUGGCAGAAUUGAGGGAUGCCGAAUAUGUGGCCUAUCUAAUCCAAGCAAUCCGACACGAGGACCAAGUGAUAGCGGUGAUGCCCUACCGAAAACAUCAAGAUUUCCGGGACUACUACCGGAUUGCGCCAAUCUCGAUGAUCAGGAAAUACCUAUACUGCUUAUUCUCAGCGCUGAAAGAUACACAUGCAAAGGGAAUAAUUCAUCGGGACAUCAAGCCUGCCAACUUCCUAUUUGAUAUCCACUCCCAGACGGGCGUAUUAUGCGAUUUUGGCUUGGCGGAAAAGUUCGAUCCGAAUGACUGGCAUGGGAAGUGUUUGCAUUCCUUACCGGAACCCAAGCAGGACAACUUUCACGGGAAAUUGAUGGACCAACCGAAACCGACGUUCGACCAGAUGCAGGAGCAAUGGCGACGAUGGCGGGCGAAGCUAGCCCGAUGUCGGACGAAUUUCACCCAAGAACUAGGUCGACCUCUGGAGCAUAUCGGCGAGCUGACGGAGACGGCGGCCUGGAAAGAGAUCUAUGCGCGACGGCCGUUUGACACCGAGCCCGACGAGGAUGAGGUGGGCAAUGAGGCCUCCUUCGAGUGGUAUGAGGCUUGGAGACCCGUCACCAAGAUCGGCGGCCUUUGGGGCGGCGGAUAUGGUCGUCGCAAAAAUACUGGUGAUGCCCCCCAUCCCUCCGAUCGCGUCGGUUUCAAACGCGACGAUACUAGACCUAGCGCUAAAGCCAAUCGUGCUGGUACCCGGGGCUUCCGAGCUCCCGAGGUACUCUUCAAAUGUCCUGAUCAAACCGGUGCUAUCGAUAUUUGGUCGGUCGGGGUCACCUUACUAUGCUUCCUUACUCGCCGAUUCCCGUUCUUCAAUUCGAACGAUGACGUGGAUGCAUUGAUGGAGAUCGCGACAAUAUUCGGGCGAACUAAAUUAGAGGCCGUGGCGAUCCAUCACAAUCGUACGGUGAUCAGUAACAUACCCGAAGUGAAUGCGCCACGUUUCGGCUCGCUACACACGUUGGUCCGUACCUUAAACCCGACGAUAUACGAAGAACAGCGGCUGCUCCGGAACGGACACGAGCAGUUAUUGACGGGGAUGACGGAGGAGGGCCGGAUCGAGCGACUGACGACGACGAUCUUCCAGGCACAUCGCGAGCUGACCUCGGCCGUUGAGACCCUUGGUCAGGACCUUGAUCCUUACCAAGAAACCUGGUACUUUCGCUCCGAACUCUGGUGUCUCAUCGAUCUCCUCAAGCGCACCCUUGAUCUCGAUUGCACUAAACGUAUUACUGCUGCUAACGCUCUUCGUCAUAAGUUCUUUGUCCUCUUUCAGUAG